CUUGCCUCCUAUCCCUCUAAACCAAACUACGUGUGCUCAUCUGCCUCUGCUUGGCUUCAUCUUCAGAGUGAACUUGUUCUAACGAUUCAGAAACGAAGGCUGCUCGUCAAAGUUUUGCAACUAGGCCUCAAUCUGAAGGAGCUCGUGAAGGGCCUCAUCAAUGGCGAUAAAGAUGAAGGGGAUCUUCAGAGGACUGAAGAUAAUCUCUCAAAUGUUCAUCCACAAGGAGCAUGAGAUGGAAAUUGGGUACCCUACAGAUGUAAAGCAUGUGGCUCACAUAGGUUUGGGAACAAGUGACACAUCUCCAAGCUGGAUGAACGAGUUCAAGGUAACAGAAGAAUCAAGAUCCCUGAGCACAGCUGGGCAGUCAAGGCAGACUUCCUGGGCCUCUGCUGACUUCGAACAGCCGAGAGGCAUGCUGCCUAUAGAUAUCUUCCAAGACAACAAAUCCGGGCAAGAUACCCCCUCUUGUCCUGACGUACCAAGGGGCCCAAGGAAGGCGAAGAGAAAGAAGAACAAAGCAUCCCCUACUUCUUCUACAAGAUCAUCGUCGUCGAGGUCAAGAGCGUCGUUUGCGACUGCGUACGAUGACUUCAGCGAAUCGCAAAGAGGGUUUCGGGUCGCUUGAAGGGGAGAAAUCAUGCGUGAAUGUGAUCACCAUGCCUGUACAUGAUUCGGUCUAGGGAGAAAGCUGCUUUGGAAUUGUUUGAUUCUUUAUUUUCUUUUUUUAUGACAGUGGAGACAUAGUUGGAAAUGCAAAAAA